AUGCAACCGACCCCCGACAAUUUUGAUGAAACUGGCCUGCCAGGUUCGAAUCCUGCGUCGUCAUCAGCCUCUCCCAGUCAUCGGCCGAUAGAUCUGGCCUUACCAUCACCCCGACCAUCUUACUCCUCGCAAGACGAAGACGACCGUGAGGCUGGAGGAGUGACCGAGCACGACGAGCACGGUAGCCACCGCACCCAACCAGCAGCGGCCAUCCCUGCUUCGUCCGCUCCACGGGAAAAGCCCCCGACGCCCUGGAAGGCUCUCAAGGCUUGUAGAGGUUUUGACCUGCGCACAUGGGUUUCCGCAUUGGGAAGCGAGCCGACGACAGCAAUAGCUUCGCCCUCUUCGUCGCCGUCCCCGGUGUUGUUCCCACUGUCCACCGCGGCAACCCACAGCUGCGCCCGCCGCGAUGCCACCUUUCACCGUUUUCCCGACUUGCCCUACGAGCUGCGUUCCAAGAUCUGGCGCAUGCACCUCGCCUGGCCGCGCAUCGUCGUGAUACGCGGCGUCAUGGACUGCAGCUCCGGCGUCGAGGCAUCCGGCAACGAGCUGGGCAACGUCGCCUGCAACGCCCACUGGUACUGCGAGAACAGGAGCCCCGUCCUCUUUCGCGUCUGCGCCGAAUCCCGCGGCGAGGCGCUGUCGUUUUUCAGGAUCCAUCUGCCCAUGCGCUCCCCCGACCCGGACCGCCAUGGCUUCCCGUACCUGAAUCAGCGAAACCCGGCGUGGGACCGGAUCUACAUCAACCCCGACUGGGACCUCGUCCUCUACCAGGGCGCCAGCCGUACGCUUACCAUGCCCAUCCUUGCCAGCGACCUGUUGGCGUACGACCCCAAGGGCAAGGGCGUGGCGCACUACGGGUCCAACGACUGGCCCAGGAGCAUCUGGCAGGUGAAUCCGGAUCCCGGCUUCGGCAUGGCCACUCUAAACGAAUCGUUUGCCUUCCUCAAAAGCUUCGUCCUCUGCACGAGGUCUACGUCAGACAUGGCCCGCCCGCUUGGCGAGGGCUACAUCCAUGCCGUGACUGGCGAGAUUGGCCAGGCCGGUAUGCGGAUGGUCGAUUGGGCGGCGCACUCGCGCAUGCUAAUGCGAACGCCGGGUAACAGCAUGAUCCGCAAGGCGCUGGCCAUAGGAAAAGAAGUUGACCGAUCUGUUGUUGAUGAUCUCGUCACCGUCGAAAUGACCACGCGCAUCCGCAACACCUCGUUGGCGAAUACCCUCUCGUCGUCGACGACAGGAUGGGUGCUCCAGCUGGCCUGGCAGCCUCCCAACCGAACCAUAUCCCAUGUCAUGCACCUGACCACGGGUCCGUUGGCGGCGUGA